AUGAAGUUCAAUCCCUUUGUGACUUCUGAUGGGAGCAAGAACCAGAAAAGGCAUUUCAAUGCCCCUUCCCAUAUUCGCCGGAAGAUUAUGUCUUCUCCCCUUUCCAAAGAGCUGAGACAGAAGUACAAUGAGUGAUCUAUGCCUAUCCAAAAGGAUGAUGAAGUGCAAAUUGUGCGAGGACACUACAAGGGUGAGAAAAUCGGCAAAGUAGUCCAGAUUUACAGGAAGAAAUACAUCAUCCACAUUGAACAGGUGCAGCGAGAAAAGGCCAGUGGCACAUUCCAUGUGGGCAUUCACCCCAGCAAGGUGGUUAUCACUAGGCUAAAACUGGACGAAGACCACAAAAAGAUCCUGGAACAGAAAGCCAAGUCUCGUCAAGUAGGAAAGGUGAAGAACAAAUACAAGGAAGAAACGAUUGAGAAGACGCAAGAAUAA